AUGGCCUUUUUCAUGGCUAUGUUCACUGCGAUGCAACACCUUUGCGUCGGGAACAUGGCUAUAGAACCAGAUCCUAAUUUUCAGCAACUUAAAAUGUGGAAAAGGGCAAGAACACCAUAUCCACAUUCACCUACUCAUUCAUCCAGUUCUGUUGAGGUGUACAGUCCCGUAAGGUCAACAGGUCACAUAUAUCAGGAUGCAUACUAUGACCCAUUCGCAUCACAUCAUGAUCCAACUCGAUGGACUCCACCGCCAUCUUCUCCUAUCCCGGAUAGACCUACAUCACCGAUUAGAACGACAAGUGAAAAAAGUGUCAGUAAGCCAAAGCGAAAGUAUACAAGGAAGUCUUCUACAAUUCGAAAGGAACAAAACAAUGAUGAAGAGCAAGCAAUCGGUAAGACUACAAUGAAAAAAGAGAAGAAGGAGCCACUCAUAGAUAAACGGAAGAUGACGCUUACAAGGUCAGAAUCAUCUCAGCCUACCAAGCUUAAACAGGAACAGAACUUUAAACGAUAUGAAGAGCUUACAAACAAACCAGCUGAUCAGCUCGAAAAGGAAGAAUAUGAGUUUGUACGCAAAUAUGAAAGAACAUCAAAACGUCGAGCAAGUCAUAGAAGGUAUUAUAUAGAUUUUCUGGCCAAGAGAGCUUCGACAAGUUCUGAUGUUGAUUUCUCAACCGAACAAGCUUCAAUGUCGCCAUCAAGCAUGUAUCAUGAUGCUUAUUAUGAUCCUUUCUCUAUCGAACAUCAUGGUGAGCCGACAAUCUAUCCACCUGAAAAGAAAGGAAACAAGAGGAAACGCUCCAGGAGUAGCAAAAAGUCAUCGAAGGACAGUUGUAAUACUCCAGCAGGCACAGGAGACACUCAAAACGCACAAGAAAAGCCAAAGCCUCGUCGUAAAAGAAAUCUAAAACAAGAAAAGAUUCGAUCGAAAAGAUAUUAUCAAAACCACAAAGAAGAAAUGAAAGCGAAAAGUAGAGAUAAUUAUCAUCGUCGAAUGAAAGCUGAAGGAAAGGAAUCUAUCGGUGUCAAGUAUCCGAGGUUUCCAAAAUAA